AUGACAUCGUCCAUCUCGGCUGCGGUCGUUGAUUGUCUCAAAUCUUUUGACAGACUGAUGAUGCGCGCCGAGUUGGCUGCACACGCGAAUGAUGGUCAUAGAGAUUCAUGGGCUUAUCAACACGGAAGGCUGCAAAUCUGGGCCGGAAAUAUCGGCGCUCAUCAAACAGGAAAUUUGGCUCUAGACUAUCCGCCGAGAGAUGCGUCCCAUGGCAGGACUCAAACGAUCAAGCUCCUCGAACGGCUUCGUCGAACGCUCGAAGAUGCUGAUGAUUUCCUGACCGAAGGCGAGGAAAAAUAUGAAAAUAUAUUGGCUGAUGAUGGACAGGAGACAGAGCUACAGCAGAUAUAUUGUGGUCUUGUCAACACCAUUGAUUACCUCUUCCAAUUGAGUAUGAUCAUCUGCAGGCCUGCCGCUCACGAUAGGCUCCUAGGGACCAAGUGGCUAGAUGCGGUCGUCUUUGAAAGUUUUGAUCGCGACCAUGCAGCCAAUAAGUAUCUGAACGCCAGCAAAAUCGUUAUUGAUGGGUUAGGAACUGCUAUAUCACAACGGAGAGGUGUACUCAAGUAUCGAGAAAGACAUCGCAGCAAACUCGGAAAAGGUAUCGAGCAUGUAGUUAAUACUUGGGGCGAUGGAGAAGAAAAUAGUGAUGCUGUGUCUGUUGACCUCUCAGAAACUAUCGCGACCAAUUUCAAAGAGCCUCAUAUCGACUUUGAGGAGACAGCGUCAAACUCAGGGGCUUCUCAGACCUCCUAUACUCCAAGUCUUCUGGACAGCAGUGACAAGAUUACUGUUCCCUACCCACCAAAAGAAUCCUCCAGCGGGAAGCCUUUCGAGUGCCCAUACUGUUUCUCCUUUACCACAGUCUCGAAUAGGCGAUCGUGGAUCCGACAUGUUUUUAGGGAUUUGAUGCUCUAUGUUUGUGUCUUUCAUGGUUGUUCGGCCCGGGAGAGACUUUACGAGAGUCGACGCGAAUGGUUUCAACACUUACGGAUAAGGCGCAUCCCAUCGAUUGACCCAGAUAAACUCAAGACUGGAUCCCUUGUUGCGACCGAAGAGUUGGAUCAAGCAGACAGCAAUUCUUCCGAUGAAGAGAUAUCCGGUCCGAAUCUGAGGCCUGGACUCAACUUUCUCGACUCAUUCGCACAUGGUGCCCGUAUUGACACUAGUGGCUCUGGUCUCACGGGGGAAGCCAUAAAGGAGCACUCUGCAGAGUUAAAAAGACAAGAGUCAGGGGCUGGGUACCGGCAGAGUCAAAAGUGGGACAACGGCAGUGACUCCGAUGAUAACGAUGACGAGCUUUAG